ACUAGGUAGCUGUGAUCUGCCUCUUAAAACCACCAGUAAGUAGCGGGCCCUGUGCGUUUCCGUUUGCAGUUGCUCACGCCUCGCUCUUCAUUCAGAAUGUUUCCGUCGCUGCCUGCUGUGUGGUCCUGAUGCUGGUGUUUUCCUACAAGAGGGAGAUGGAGCGACUCCGGCAUGGCUGGCUCACUGUGAGUGUCUCCCCUCUGACACCUGCCUCAUGAGAGUGCAUGUCAUCAACACCCCCAAGUGUCUGUUGGGAGGCGCUCUCUGCCUAGCUGCCUCACUGUGCCCUUUCAUCGGUGCCCUCGUGGCCCCUAGUUUCUGAGUUGGAGCCCAAACCCCACAGCGAGCGUGGCAGUAGAGCCGCAGCGUCUGUCUGCAAGGUACAAAUUAGCAUCGCAUCUGGUGCUGACGGGUGAGAGGAAGAACGUGCACUUGACUUAGACUUAACAUAGAGCCUUUUCCUCUCAAAGGUUUCAUUUCCUCUCAAAGGGUUCAUUUCUGUGCUCCUCUGGCUGUCAGACAAAUGACCGUGUUCCACCCUGGGCCGGAAGGUCUAUUCUUGGCCUCUUCUUCCCUCCUCUGGUAGGUGGUCUGCUAUGCUGUGGUGACUACCCUAGCGGCUGUGGCAAACCUGGCUGGCACUGCACUUACUAUCACCAUUCAGAGGGACUGGAUUGUGAGUCUCAUGGGGGACAACAGAGGCCAGCUGGCUGGUGAGCAGUGCCACCCUCACCAGUCCUCCGAUGGGCAGAGAAGUAGAGUGGCGAGCCAUUCAGGGCUCCAGGAGAGGCCAUAUCAUAGCCUAUAGAAGACAGGAAUUUGGAACCAACCAGAGCUGGGAUUGACUUCAGCUGAAACCCGCUAUCUCUCUUACCUGCUGCGUGUCCUGGGGCAAGUUACUUAACCUCUCUGAACUCGACUUUCCUCAUCUGCAGCAUGGGGCAAAUACACACACACACACACACACACACACACACACACACACACACACACACACACACACUUACAUGCAUGCAUGUUCACAUACACAUUCAUUCUCUCUGAGCUCACUUUGGGGAAGGAAGGAGUUCAUGAAAUCAGGGUUUUGUAAGUGCUUAGCACAAAUCUGCACAGAAGGAAUACCCAAGAAAUGACCAUCACUGUUCUCACCUAACGCACAGGUAGAUGGUGGGUCAGGAGGGCAGCUUCUCAUUUACAGAUGGUCUGGAGCCAUUUUAGACCUAGACAGUAAGUGAAUGAAAAGAUUUCUAAAUUCACAUCAGUAAUAACCUUCUGCCCACCCCCAAAUUAUCCCAAGUGGGAGCAUUGAUUACUGCUGAUAGUGGAAGCCGGAAUUCGUUUUCUAGUAAAGGAGUGGGAAGGAGCAGCCUGACAUCUUGUCUUGUCCUCCCAUUUAGAAAGCAUGCACAGUUCUCAUUGCAGCGUGUUCUAAUUGCCCACUUAGAGCUGAAGAUCUCACGAUACCCUAUACUUGAGCAGUUGUAGUGCCUGAGUGUUGAUGGCCAAGAUAAAGGGCACUAUUAAGGAGUCUAAAAUACACUCCUUGAAGAGUCAAAGCCCUUAUCAUCAUGUUUUCUUUUAAACUGCACUCACUUGGAUGUACUGUGGCUUCCGUAACAUCACCCAGAAUAAGAGCCGUGUGAAUAAAAGCCAGGUGAUAGUUCAGUGCGUCCUCGGUCUUGGUGUCAGGAAAACCUUCCUGUUCUCUGUGCAUUCAUUUUAAAAGACUUCAAGGUAAAGCAGACUUGGACUCAAGUUUAUUACAAGUUUGAAGAUGAACUUGUGAAUAUUUUCUUCAGUGGUGGUAGAAUCCAUGAGCUUUGGAGUCAGACUGGCUGGAUUUUGAGUCUCGGCUCCAUAAUGUUCUUUCUCUGCAAUCCCGAUAAAAGUUUCCCCUCUGUGUGCCUCAGUUUCGUAACUUGUAAAAUGGAAGUCCCAUUGCCUUCUUAGAACUGUGGGGACUCACAGAGAUGAAUGUAGGUAUAAGGUUUGGGACUGUAUGCCUGGCACAACGUAAGAAUUCAAGCCAUUCUCCUCUACCCUCCCGUUACCUCCCUUCCCCCACCACCGUGCUGGUUAUUAAUUAGUGGCCAUUACUACGAUUAGCAUAGUCAAGACCAUGGGUAACCUAGUCAGUUUACUAAUCUGCUCACAUCCCACUGCAGCUGGUCUUGCAGUUGUUUUCCAGGUUGAAAAGGCCAUCGCUAAUCUGCAGACAACCUGCCGGCAUUGACCCUGGGUUGGCUGUUGAGCCCAGCGAAUACGCAGUGUCAAGUUCAGCAGGAGGAAGGAGGCAUCCAUCCACCGAGUCUCAGUGUCUCCUCCUCUCCCUUGCAGGGAUGAAUGCAACAGUGCCGUGGCUGGACCAGUCAUCAGUAUAUUCGCGCCCCUGUCCGUGGGCCAGGUGAUGACGUGGGCAUCUCAUGUGAUUGGUUGUGGUUUCAUUCUUGGAUGGAACUUGGUUUCACUUCUUGUAGAGUUUCUAUUUCUGUCCAGGGUUUAUCAACUAGUUCCCCAGUUGGCUGUGAAACCCCAGCGGCACACAGCACAGUGCUUCCUAGAGAGGCAGCAGGAAGCUGUGCACAUCCAAGGUGAAACGGAGUUUUUGGAAACCACGAAUAGAUUCAUCAACACAUCUAGAACUCUGGAAAAACCGAAGGACCACAAUUCUAGCCUUGAAGAACAACCAGCCACAACCAAAGGGCUUCUUCACUGCCUGCAAGACACCCGUAGGCUGCUCCACACAUGCCGGGAGGGAUGGGAAAUGUACUGCGGACAGACUGUCUUCCUGGCUGGCUUAGGUUUGACUUUCCUCUACAUGACAGUUCUGGGCGUUGACUGCAUUACCACAUGCUAUGCCUACACCCAGGGCAUUGGAGGCUCCCUCCUCAGCAUCCUCACAGCCCUUCCAGCUGUGUCUGGCCUCAUGGGAACAAUUCUCUUUACCCAGUUCCGGAAUCAUUAUGGCUUGGUCACCACAGGGAUCAUUUCCAGUUGCCUCCAUUUAGGUAGCCUAACACUCUGUGUGUUUUCUGUCUUUGCUCCUGGAAGUCCUUUUGAUAUGGCUACCUUCUCCCUCCCAUUAAGCAAGAAUUCCUCUUCAAAUCAUGAGAUGCUAAAAGAUGGCCAGGCACAUGUUUACACCUUUGAAAGAAAUCUAAAUCAACCCAUCUUCCCUGACCACUCUCCUAUCCACUGGACCAAUAGUACAGUCUUGUUUGAUGGCCAGCAGGACCCUGAGCAGCCUGACUCUUGCAUCUCUAUCAGCUUGCUCUUCUCAGGUGUGAUCCUGGCAAGAAUUGGCCUCUGGUCCUUCGACCUCACUGUGACUCAGCUUCUCCAGGAGAACAUUCCAGAAGCGGAGCGAGGGGCUGUGAAUGGUGUGCAGUGUUCUCUGAACUACCUCAUGGACCUCAUUCACUUCGUCCUGGUCAUGCUGGCCCCGAGGCCGCAGCAGUUUGGCAUGCUGGUUUUCCUCUCCAUGCUCUUUGUGACCACUGGGCACAUGCUCUAUUUCUUUUAUGCAAGAAAGAAUAAGACUAAGAAGGCCCACGUGAUCAAGACAUCCGAGAAGGGCUAGUGGACGCCCCCCAUGUGAGAGGUAGGCGGCACUCCUUAGUGGUCUGGGCAGCCGUGGGCACAUCUCCCACCCAGUGUUCCAGCUGUUUUGUGCACCUCUUGCAUCUUGGUUCCAGCUGAGAGCAAACGUGUCACUUCCUGCCAACAGCAUCCCCUGCUUCUGGCUCCUUUCCUGGUACUAUCCUGAGGGUCAAGGGGGACAACCUGAAGGGCGCCCAUUAGCGGAAUUCAGGAAGAUCUUCCUCUCAGCUCCUUCAAGGAAUUGCUUUUAGUUCCGCCAAUAUAAGAAAAAAUCCCGUAUCAGGGCUGGGGAUGUAGUUCAGUUGGCAGAGUGCUUGCCUAGCAUUACAUGGAACCCUGGGUUCAAUCCCCAGCACCACUUAAAAGUUGGUGUGGCUGAGUGUGGUGGCACAUGCCUUGAAGGAGGCAGAGGCAGGGGGAUCUCUGUGAGUUCCACAACAGUCAGAGGUAUGUAGAGUG